AUGCAAAAAGGGGAAACAUUGUUUUAUGCUAUUCUUCUUUUAAUCCCCAUCGUAGGCACUUGGAUAUACCUAAAAAUAGUGGAAAAUAAAAAAAUAAAAAAAAAGAAAAAAAAAAGUGACUCCUUAGGAGAGGAUGACAUAGGAAGUGCACAAAGGGAAGACCAAAACAAGUGUCAUUCCGUGACAGAUCAGAGUAAAAAUCUUUCCAGAAGGAAGAUCAGCAGCAUGGAGGACACUGCGUCUUUUUCUUUUCAUCCACAUGUCAGCAGGUUGGGUGCUACUUCACGGGGCGAUGAAAUGGGAGCUGAUAAGAUGCAAUGUGUAGAGAAGGACGCCGCUUUGGGUGGGUCCACGGGGAACGAUGCAGGGGAUAAUUUAUCCAGUGGAAAGUCAAAAGCAGAACGAGAAUUGCUCGACGAACGGUGCGGUGAGGUAACCAAAGGGGAAAAGUGCCAGAUGGAAGAGGCGCACCCAGCGGGAGGAUCCCCAAUGGGGGAGGGGUCCCUCGAGAGAGUUUGCCAAUAUAGCGAAAGGGAUAAAUCCGAAGUGGGAGACCCAGUGCAGGGAAAGAAGAGCCUCGGGAGGGGUAGCGAUAGCACCAUGGAAAGCCUUCCAGGCAUCAGUUAUGUGAAAGCCCAGAGUGGGGACCAAACAAAUGAUGAUGAUAAAGUAAAAGAGGUGGAACCCGACGAACAAAGUGUGAAUAAUAGUGAACCCAACCAAGUGAAUACAAAUGAGAACGAGAAAAGAGAAAGUUGCCAGUGGGGCAGCCAGGAAAAAGUUAAUUCCCCAUUUGCGAAGCGGCCAAACAGUAGGACAAAGAGAGAGGACAUAAAGGAACAACUGAAUAAAGAAGACAUGAAUGGCUAUGUGAGGAAUUACUACAGUGACAACUAUAUAAGUAAAGAUGAGUAUGAGAAUUCCAGUUCGCAAAUGAGCUCCUCCGUGGAGGAUGAUGACUCAGAAGAAAUCAGCUCCAACGAGGGCGACUCGGACAGGAGUGAGGACUCUGCCGAUGGGAAGAGUUCAUCAAUCCUCAGUGAGGACUAUGAAGAAGAGGAGGAAGACACCGACGAGGGGGAGAGCGAAAUGGAAGAUGAUGAUGAGGAGGAUGGGAACUGUGAGGAUGACAAGAACGAAGGUGGGGAGAACAUAGAAGAGAUAAAGGACCAAGGAAAUGAGUUAUUCAAAAAGGGGGACUACAAGCAGGCCAUCUUUUACUACAAUAAGGCUUUAAAAAAAUGCAAGGAGAAAAGUACCAAGUCGAUUUUGUACUCCAAUAGAGCAGCUUGCUACUCACAUUUAGCCAACUGGAAUCAGGUGGUCGAAGAUUGCAAUAAGUCCAUCAACUAUAAUGAGAACUUUGUGAAGUCCUACAUACGCAGGAGCAAUGCAUAUGAACAGCUGGAAAAAUAUAAUGACGCGUCGAACGACUUGAAUAAAGCCAUAUCGCUGGACUCCUCCUUGUUAGCCAAUUAUGAGAUGAAGCAGAAAAAAUUAAAGUACCUGGCUGAACAGCAAUUAAAUAAAGAAAAGGAAGAAAUGGUGGGAAAAUUAAAAGACUUUGGUAAUUUGCUGCUGGGGAAAGUGGGAUUGUCACUUGAUAAUUUUGAAGUGCAAAAAAAUCCAAACAAUGAUGGUUCGUUUAAUAUUCAAUUUAAGCAAAAUAAGUAG